AUGGUGACCGCCAACGGCAGUCUGGUCGUCGCGUCCCAAAAAGAAAACCCCGACUUGUUUUGGGCCCUGCGGGGUGCCGGCGGUAACUUUGGCAUUGUGGUGGAGGCUGUGUACCAGGUCAAAGAUCUGACUUCGAAAUACGUUGUCAACCUUGACUAUGCCUUCUCCGCGAAUGACACUGGCACGAUCAUCGACUACCUGGCUUCAUUCGGUCCGAACAUGCCCGCAAAGCUGUCGUUUAUCGUUGGAGCCCUCUAUAAUGAGAAGCUAUACGGUGGGUUCGCUGUUAUCGUCAACGGUCUGUAUCUCGGCCCACAGAGUGAGGCCGAACAUUUUCUGGCCCCACUUCUCGAGAAAGCUACUCCUUUCAAGCAAAAUGUCAGCAUGGUGCCUGAGAACAAACUAGUCUACGCCGCUACCUUUGGCUCGCAGGGUAACUCCACCAUCGCUUGCUCGGGAAAGGGAGUCGACCGCAGCAUCUUCGGCGGAGCCAUCAAUACGUACGACAAGGCCACGUACAUUGGCUUCAUCAAUGCCUUCAAGAGCCUUACGACUACUAAUGCUGACCUCCGAGGCAGCAUAUUCUUUAUCGAGCAUUUCAGUAACUAUCAGGUUCAAAAGAUCCCGGACUCUACCUCAGCUUACCCUUGGCGCGACAUCACUGCACAUCUUCUCUUCAAUUACGCCUGGAAUGACCCCGAAAGCGAGCAGGUUGUCGACCAGUUCGGCAAACAGUGGCGCGCAGCGUUUCAAAAGACAGCGGGACUGAACCCUCCGCAACUUUACGUCAACUACGGACACGGAGACGAAGGCAAUGAGAUACUGUACUCGGCCAGAAAGCUGCCCAGGUUGCGUGCUCUCAAGAAACAGUGGGACCCUAACAAUGCGUUCCGAUUCCAUCAUCCCAUCUCGAUGUUCUAG